CGCAGAGGGGGAACGCCCUGAGCUGGGAGCGAGCUUGAUCAGGCAGCCAAGUUCUCACGGUCCGCCCUCGCCUCUCUGCCCGAUGAGCUGCACCAGAAUGAUCCAGGUUUUGGAUCCACGUCCUUUGACAAGUUCAGUCAUGCCAGUGGAUGUGGCCAUGAGGCUUUGCUUGGCUCAGUCGCCACCUCUGAAGAGUUUCCUGGGCCCCUAUGAUGACUUUCAACGAAGAAAUUUUGUGAAUAAAUUAAAGCCCCUGAAACCAUGUCUCAAUAUAAAACAGGAAGCCAAAUCGCAGAGCGACUGGAAGUGCUCACACACCCAAGCCAAGAAGCGGGUUGUGUUUGCAGACUCUAAGGGCCUCUCUCUCACUGCCAUCCACGUCUUCUCCGACCUCCCAGAAGAACCAGCCUGGGAUCUCCAGUUUGAUCUCUUGGACCUUAAUGAGAUCUCCUCUGGCUUAAAACUCCAUGAGGAGAAAAACUUGAUUUUAGAUUUCCCUCAGCCUUCAACUGAUUACUUAAGUUUCCGGAAACACUUUCAAAAGAACUUUGUCUGUCUGGAGAACUGCUCUUUGCAAGAGCGAACAGUGACUGGGACUGUGAAAGUAAAAAACAUAAGCUUUGAGAAGAAGGUUCAGAUCCGCAUCACUUUUGAUACUUGGAAAAGCUACAUUGAUGUGGACUGUGUCUACAUGAAAAAUGUGUAUGGUGGCUUAGAUAGUGACACCUUCUCAUUUGCCAUCGACUUACCCCCAGUCAUUCCAACUGAGGAGAAGAUUGAGUUCUGCAUUUCUUACCAUGCUAAUGGGCAGGUCUUCUGGGACAACAACGAGGGUCAGAAUUAUAGAAUUGUCCACGUACAAUGGAAACCUGAUGGGGUGCAGACGCAGAUGGCACCCCAGGACUGUACAUUCCACCAGGCAUCCCCCAAGACAGAGUUAGAGCCAACAAUCUUUGGCAGUCCGAGGCUGGCUAGUGGGCUCUUCCCAGAAUGGCAGAGCUGGGGGAGAAUGGAGAACUUGGCCUCUUAUCGAUGAAUUAAGCAGCCCAGGGACUGUCAUAUUUCCCAUGCAAUUCUAGGUCUGUAUUGCUCAGUAUUAGGAAGUCUUUGCUACUUUCCAUCAGUAGGUUUAGCUUUGAGCUUUUGAGACCUGGCUACAGAAAAGAUAGCCACUUGAGAAUUUAGCGUUGGAGUCCACAGAGGGACAAUGCUACCCAGUGUUUUGCCUUGGAGGAUCAAAUAGCCUGAGAACUGUUUUUACAAAAGCAAGACUUUCUCAGUGCCCCUCCUCCUUCCCUCUCAAUUUACGAGCUUUCACGUUGGGUGAGGAAAAGUUGAGGAAGGACAAUUGACGGUGAUGGAAGGCUGUGUUAAUGGUACGAGGAAUGUGUGACAAGUGUACAGAAAGGGUUCGGAAGCUUCAGGCAGAGUAGGAGUGUGAGGUCUGAAACUUAGCUGUUGGCAAGAAAAUGUAAGGUUAUCUUGGGUUUUUUAAGUUGGUUUUACAGUUCUCUCCUGGGGAGAUAAUUUGUAGAGGGGGGAAAAGGUCCAUUCUUUGUAUUCUUGUGGAGAAAAGCCAAAUAAACUUUAAGGGUGUUAGGUGGUAUUAUGGGGAAGAUGAAUUAUAAUAACUUGGGAGAGGCAAGAUCUUAAGCACAGGCUUUCUGUUCAAACAUGAUCUAUCAAAAACUAUGAUUUGGGGAGAGUUGAGGCAAAUCUGGCAUUGCAGUCCUAAUGGUAUAAGUGAUUUGUGUUCAAGGUGUCAUGUGCAGGCAGCAUUCUAUAUCAAGAAGCUAACAAAAACCAUGGCAACAUCAAUGGCUAACUACACUUAGGGACUCCAUGUCAUGUCUAAAUUAGCUCUUUGCAAGUGCCUUGAUUAAACCAGAACACUGUAGUUGCUUAACCCAAAUAUCUGAAUGGUCAUCUGAUAACAAAUGAGUUUUUGGCCUUAUAAGUAGGUCUACUCUGUACACUGGCAUUCCUCCUGCAACACUGUUGUAGCUUUGAGAGUGUUGUCAGUGUACACAACUCAUCCUUCAUAUUGAAGGUGACUCAUUUUUCUGCCACACUUUUUUGAUGUGAUGUUUGAAGUGAGGACUGACACUAGGAUUCUCAAUGUAAGAAUCCAGUACCUUGCACAUAGAAGUAGCAAUCUAUUGCCUAUUUUUGUCUUGCUCUUUUAAUUUCCUUGGAAGUCAAAUAUUCUUUUUAAAGAAAUUUUAUGUGUUGUAAUAUACUUGUUUUUGUGUGUGCAUAAAUCUAUUCUGUAAGAUCUUAAGGACGCAAGUCCUGGAAUGUUUGCUUCUAUCAUUGUGCGCGUCGAUUGAGAGAUGUUAAGAGAAUGCAGUUAAUUUUAACAUGUGCAAUGUGCCAGGCUGAAAAAAUACUAUUGGAAUAACUGCUAUGACAGAAUUUGAGGUUUGGCUAGCAUCCAUAAUUUUUCUAUUGUAAAUAUUUCACUCUAUCCUUUAUGAGCUU